GGAGCUACAAGGCAUGCUACAGCGUGCGACAGCACGACACAGAUGGUGAUUUUCCGCUGAACUGCGCCGAAUCAAUCCGUGUACGGCGUGGCGCACAAAAAAAUGCAGCCCUAUGGCUGCCCGCACUCCGAAGGAUGAGCAUGAGUAGCAAAAGUCUGCUGCAGGCCUGGCUAGCGGUCGCGGCGAGCAACGCCUACCGCUACGCGUCGACGCCGCCGCCGAUAACCGCAGACCAGGUCAUCUCGGACGACUUCGGCGGGGCGUUCUGCGGUGACCAAGACGGCAGUGGCUGCACGGUGCGCGCGCCGGGGGCGAAGGCACCGCUCGUGACCCGGGUACUUCGAAACGCGAGCGACGUCGAAGCAUACGCGGGGCAGCGUAGGCCUGGCGUGCGGAACCCCGUGCUUUGGGUCCCGCUAGGGCACGCUACAUCACAAGGCGCGUUCGACGGGCUUUGUGCGUUCGUAACGCGGCUAGUUCCAAUCCUCGCCAAAGCCAGCGACAUCGCGGGCUUCACGCUGCUCACGCUCCCGUAUCCCGUAGGGGAGCACGGCAGCCCCUGGGACCACGCCUACCUCCGGAAAAAGCAGUACCCGCCCUGCGGCUUCGACAAGCUCGCGCGGCUGCUGGACGCGCCCAAGCUCCGCGCGUGGUUCGUGAUGGACCAUGAUCGCCACGAGAACGACGCCUGGGUCUUGCACCCGAAAUUACGACACAUGCCGAUGGGCCUGACGAAGGGUUUUGAGGCGCUCGGCGCCGGGUUGGCGCUGUUGCGCAAGCAGCGCAAGCCGCGGUCCGUGGACGUCUACGCGAACUUCCAUGUGCAUGCCGCCGGACGGACCAUUGCUGGCGCGCGUCAGUCCGCCGUGGACGUAGCCGAACGCAAUUUCAAGGCCCUGAACCGCAUGAAGAAUAUUGCCCGGCGCAACUCGACGUGCGCGCUGAACGACAAAGCGCCCUGCACGCCCGAGGAGCACUACGUCGGAGAACUUCUGAAGGCAAGGUACGUCAUCUCGCCGCCGGGUUCCCAAAUUGACUGCCACCGCCACUGGGAAGCAUUAGUGUUCGGCGCCGUUCCUAUUGUGCACUCUUCCCCCAUAACCCUUUCGCUCCUAGACGGCCUGCCCGCGUGCUUCGUGCCGGCCUGGGACGCGCUGACCCCAGACGUGCUGCGACGCUGUGAUGCCCGGCUCGCAGACACGCGGAGCUUCGACUGGGGCCGCCUGACCGUCGACUACUGGCGCACGCAGAUCUCCGAGUCGAAGGCCACGCGGCGCGAGUCGAAGCCUCCCGCCAGCGAGGACGCCGUGGAAGCGGCCGCCCGGUGGGCGAAGGACCGCGACGCGCUCAUCGAAAAGCGCAAGGCGGGCCGCUGGGCGGCUCUCCUCCAAAACUACAGCCGCGUCCAGAAGAUGCAACCAGUCAGUGCAUAAGUCAAAUUGUCGCAGCGCGUCUCCGCCACUGGUGAAUCAUGGCCUUCACGCCAUCGACGCGUGCACCCGACCCCCUGAUUGAUUCGCGCACAGGCAACGGUCCAAGGGCACCGCGGGGAAGUAUGUCGUCGCCUUCGCACGGAUAUACGGCCACGCUUCUCGUAUAGCCACGAUCACCUCGACGCUCGCGCUGGCCAUGGCGUCCGGCCGCGCCCUGGCGAUCGUCUGGCCGCGCCGGACGAACUGUCGGGGGCGCGACCACAUAUUGGAUAAAAAUUGCGACCCGGCGGGCGUCACGGAUCUACUACAACCGCACCUCGUCGAUUUUUCGAUGCCGCCUUCUGUUCAGAAACAGCUGCUCGCGAAGAGCGGCUGCGGUCACGUCCAGGACAUGCGUCGAGGACCAGAAGAGCAGUGGGUCGUCCGCGACACGCGGGAUCAAAAAAUGCUCCUCGACAUCUAUCGCGGCGACACGACUUGGACGCCGUCCGUGGUCUGCACCGCCAGCAAAGACGACUGGUCCUGGGCGGCGACGUGUAGGCUGGGAGGUGUAUCGCCGCUGGCCGACGCCGGAGCGCUGCAGGACUUUCUGUUCAAGCCGUCGGCGACGGUCCUGAAACGGAUCGGCGCGAUCCUGGCGUCGUCUCCGCGGCCCUGCGACCUCGGCGUCCAUCUCGUCGCUGCGGAUCGAACGAGCGAGUGGGGCACAAAAAAGGGCGACGAGUCGUGGAUGCGAACGGUAGCCGAGGCGAUCGCCGCGGAGGAGACCUUCGUCGCGGAUGGAAAAAAGCUAGAUUUCGCUAUCUUCGUGGCGGCGGACAGCGGCUCGACGCGCACAAAGAGCCUUCUGCAGGAUGCCUUCGGCGACGCGGUCCUCUUCAUGGACGGCCACGGCGCCUCGCCCGACCGGACCACGGUGGAAGCCAACGUUGAAGCUCUCGCGGAAAAUUACGUGCUAUCGACGUGCGCAGAGAUUUUGCCUCAUGGCCGGGACUCCGCGUUCCGAUCGAUCGCCGCGGCGCGCGCAGCGUUCGAGCAGGGCUGGACGGCGAACCGGAGCCGUGCUUUUGUCGAGGGCGGGAAGCACGCCGCCGCCUCCGGAGCGCCUACAGCGUGCGCCGACCUUUCGGUUCUGAAGUAAGUUGUGUGUGAAUUUUCAAGAAGGUCCGGCCCGGGCCGGGGAGGG